AUGGCAACGACAACAAACUCCAAUAAUCUAUUAUUGCCUAUGGAUAUUCAACAAAAAUUACAAGAACUUGAACUUGAAUUAGCCGAAGGAGAUAUAACACAAAAAGGUUUUGAAAAAAAACGUACUAAAUUACUAGCACCAUAUCAACAACAAUUAAAUGAAACCCAUGUAGGUAAUAAUAUGAAUAAUAAUAAUAAUAAUGAAAAACUUUCAAAUCGUCAAUCAAAAAUUCAAUGUCGACGUCAAAAACGUGAUGGUUAUAAUCGAUAUCAUUCAGAUGUUCGUCAAGAAGCAGUUAAACAAGCAUUAGAACAAUUCGGAGCUCGUCCUAUUCCAUCAUCAAAACGUAUUAUUAAUUCUCAAACAAAACAUGAAUCUAGUGAUGAUGAAGAUGAUGAUGGAGAAAGUAGUUCAACAUAUGCAACAACUGAUGAUCAACAAAAUAAAGAUUCAUCUGUUUCACCUGUUCCUAUUCCAAUUCAAAAUCAUCAUUAUCAAAAUCCACCUUCAGUGGAAUUGAUAAUUAAAAAUAUCCAAGCACCACCACCACCAUCAGCAUUUUUAUCUGAUUUUAUUCAUCGUAGUCAAGAACCAUCAUUAUCGAAUAUUGAAUGUGAUUUAACACGAAGUGCUGGUGCACGUUAUCGUGAUUCAAAUUCCGAUUAUGUUAAUACAAGUCAACAACAUUAUGUAUUAUAUGGUGAUCGAAAUGCAUCUAUAGAUUUACCAAAAUCUAUAACAAAUUCAAUCAAUCAUCAAAAUGAAGAACGUAAACCAAGCUUACGUGUUUCAUCAAAAAUUCUUGCCCUUGUUAAUACAUUAAAAGUACGUCAUCGUCCAAAACGUAAACCAAUGAAAGAAUAUUAUGAAGAUAAUGAAGAAGAAUUAGCUAUUCCACCAAUUGAUCCACUUUCACCAAAGCCUGAAGGUGGAAUAUCAGUUCCAUCAUGUGGUGAACAAUUAAUUGUUUCAUCACAAUGGCCAAAAACAUUUCUAGCAGCACUACAACAACAUGCUAGUCAACAGCCUCGUACUAAUGCAAUUACAAUACUUGAUGAACAAACAAAACCUUCACAAACAUUGACGUUUCUUAAACUAUUAACACGUUCACAAAAAAUAGCUUACAAUUUACUUCAUAAAGUUCAUUCACAUGGCAAUACUGGUAGUAAUUCACGAGAAAAUUUACUUAAAACAGGCGAUCGUGUUGCUCUUGUUUAUUCAAGUAAUGAUCCAAUUAAUUUUAUUUGUGCUUUUUAUGGUUGUUUACUUGCUGGUAUGGUUCCAUUACCUAUCGAUGUUCCAUUAGCACGACGAGAUUGGCUUUCACAACGUAUUGGUAUUCUACUUGGUCAAUUAUCAAUUAAAGUUGCCUUAACAUCUGAUUCAUGUUAUCGUCAAUUACCAAAAGUUCAACAACAUAAUUCAAGUUCUUCAUCAGCAAAUAUAAAUGAAAUUAUUUCAUUUAAAGGUUGGCCUAAUCUAAUAUGGUUUAUAACUGAACAUUUACCAAAACCACCAAAAGAUUGGACUAUUAAUGAUAUAUCACGUUCAUUGUGUGAAACAACACCAGCAUAUAUUGAAUAUACAUCUGUUAAAGAUGGCAGUAUUGUUGGUGUUACAAUAAAUUAUGAACAAUUAUUUGUACAUACACAAACACUUGUUAAUGCAUGUAAAUAUUCAUCAACAGAUAUAUGUUUAUGUUGUGUAGAUUUUAAACGUCAAAUUGGUUUAUGGCAUACAAUACAUGCAAAUAUAUUAUCUGGUAUGCAAGUUAUAUUUAUUCCAACAUCAAUACUUAAAUCUCAACCAUCAUCAUGGUUAUUAUCAAUAACAAAAUAUCAUAUAACAACAGCUAUUGUACGUUCACGGGAUAUGCAUUGGGCUGUAUUAUCAUUACGUGAAAUGAAUAAUAUAUCAUCAACUAUAAAUUUAUCAUCAUUACGUUUGUUAAUAAUAAGUGAUGGUUCAAAUCCAUGGUCAUUAACAGCUGUUGAUACAUUUUUAUCAACAUUUAUGUCACGUGGUCUUCGUUCUGAUUGUUGUUGUCCUUGUUCAUAUUCAUCUGAAACAUUGACAUUAUCAAUACGUAGGCAAUAUCAUUCAUCAUCAUCAAUACAUCAAUCAGGUCGUGGGAUACUUUCAAUGCAUGCAUUAAGUUAUGGUGUUGUACGUGUUGAUCAAGAUAAUAGUUUAACAUCAUUAACUAUACAAGAUGUUGGUCACGUAUUGCCUGGUGCUAUUAUUGGUAUUGUUAAAAUUGAUGGACCACCAUUACUUUGUCAAACAGAUGAAAUUGGUGAAGUUGUUAUAUCAUCAAAAGCAACACCAAAUGGUUAUUGGGCAUUACCAGGUUUAUCAACAAAUAUAUUUAAAGUAAUACCAUUAGGUUCAGAUGAAAGACCAAUUGGUACACAAGAAUUUGUUCGAUCGGGUUUACUUGGAUUUCUUGGACCGGGUGGUCUUCUGUUUGUAACUGGUAGUCGUGAAGGUUUAAUGCAAGUUGCUGGACGUAAACAUAAUAGUGAUGAUUUAAUAGCAACAGCUUUAGCUGUUGAACCAAUGAAAGUUGUUUAUCGUGCACGUGUUGUUAUUUUUUCAAUCCGUGUUUUACGUGAUGAAAGAAUAAUUAUUGUUGCUGAACAACGACCAGAUAUUGGUGAAGAUGAAUGUUUUCAAUGGAUGAGUCGUGUAUUACAAGCUAUUGAUUCUAUACAUCAAGUUGGAAUUUAUUGUCUUGCUUUAUGUCCAGCAAAUACAUUACCUAAAACCCAUUCAGGUACAAUUCAUGUUCAAGAAACCCGUCGACGUUUACUUGAAGGAAAUUUACAUCCAUGCUCAGUACUUAUGUGUCCACAUUCAUGUAUACUUAACUUACCUAAACCACGUGAACAUCAUCCUGAACGAGAAGUUGGUCCUGGUGCUAUUUUAGCAGGUACAAUUAUUCAAGGGAUGCGUUUAGCUGAAGCUAAAGGUACGGAUAUGAUUUUUACUGAUGAUCAAGAUACAUCUGAUCAAGGAAAAAAACUUCAAUAUAUUGAUGAUAUUCUUCGAUGGCGUUCAAUAACAAUGUCAGAUCAUGUACUUUAUUCAGUUAUUAAUGCAAAAGGACAAGAAUCAGCCAGUGUAACAUGUUCAGCAGUGCAUAAACGUUGUGAACGUAUUGCAUUAACAAUUCUUGAACGUAUUGAAAUGAAAUCAUCUGAUCAUAUUGCUUUAUUAUAUCCACCAUGUGUUGAUCUUGUUUCAGCUUUUUAUGCUUGUUUAUAUAUUGAUGUUGUACCAGUAGCUAUUCGACCACCACAUGCACAAAAUCUUCUUAAUACAUUAUCAACUGUUAAAAUGAUGGUUGAAUUAAGUAAAGCAAAAGUUAUUUUAACAAAUAGUUCGAUUGCAAAAUUACUUCGAUGUAAAGAAGCUGCAUCAUUACUUGAUCCAAAAUUAUGGCCAUUGAUAAUUGAUACAGAUGAUUUACCUAAACAAAAGAAAAAUCAAGUACUUCCAAAAAAAUCAAUACCAACACAAGCUCAAUCACUUUGUUAUUUGGAUUUUAGUAUUUCAACAACAGGUUCAUUAACUGCUGUUAAAUUAUCGUAUGGUGCUGUAGCUAAUUUAUGUCGUUCAAUUAAAUUAUCUUGUGAAUUGUAUCCAAGUAGAGAAAUUGUUCUUUGUUUGGAUCCAUAUAAUGGACUUGGCCUAGCACUUUGGUGUAUAAUCAGUGUUUAUGCUGGUCAUCACUCAAUUCUUAUUGAUCCAGCUGAACUUGAACUGAAUCCAUCAGUGUGGAUGAAUACAAUUAGUCAUUAUAAAAUUCGUGAUACUUUUUGCUCCUACUCGGUGAUGGAACUUAGUACAAAAGGGUUGAGUACAUCCAUUGUUGAUCUUAAAAAUCGUGGUUUAUCAUUAUCAUGUGUUCGAACAUGUGCAGUUGUAGCUGAAGAACGACCUCGUUUACAAUUAUUAAAUUCAUUUAUUAAAUUAUUUCAAACAUUAGGUCUUAAUCCUCGAACUGUUAGUACAACAUUUGGUUGUCGAGUAAAUAUUGCAAUUUGUUUACGAGGAGCAAGUGAUCCUGAUCCAGCACCUGUAUAUGUUGAUCAACGAGCAUUAAGAAAUGAUCGUGUAACUCUAGUCGAAAAAGGUAGUCCACAUAGUUUAUGUUUAUUAGAAUCAGGAAAACUUUUACCGGGUGUUAAAGUUGUUAUUGCUAAUCCAGAAAGUAAAGGUCAAUGUGCAGAUGCACAUUUAGGUGAAUUAUGGGUUCAAAGUGGUCAUAAUUCACUUGGUUGUCAGAUAAUUAGUUAUGGUGAUAAUCACCAACAUCAUGGAUCUAAUCAUAAUUCAGAUCAAUUUUAUUCACAUUUGGCGACGGGUGAUACACGACAAUUAUAUGCUAGAACAGGAUAUUUAGGUUUUGUUCGUCGAACAGAUUCAAUUGCUGCAGAUGGAAAAAACCACGAUGCUGUUUAUAUAGUCGGUUCUCUUGAAGAAACACUUCUUAUUCGUGGUAUGCGUUAUCAUCCAAUUGAUAUUGAAAAUACAGUUAUGCGUACACAUAAACGUAUUUGUGAAUGUGCUUGUUUUACUUGGACAAAUUUGCUUGUAGUUGUUGUUGAAUAUGAUGGUCUUGAACAACAUUCACUUGAUCUUGUACCACUUAUAACAAGUGCAAUUCUUGAAGAACAUUAUGUGAUUGUGGGCGUUCUUGUCAUUGUUGAUCCGGGUGUUGUACCGGUCAAUUCACGUGGUGAAAAACAACGUAUGCACUUACGUGAUGGUUUUGUAUCGGAUCAACUUGAUCCUAUCUUUGUUGCUUAUAAUAUGUAG